UGAAGGCACACCAACAUGGCUGCCAGUUCCUCACAGUCAAGUAGCGUGAAUAAACGCAAGUAUUUUAUCGAAGAUACUGCAGAAAUAACUUACAGUGGCUCUUUGGAGACUCAACGUACCGCAGCAAAGAAGACUAAUGUGAGCAGGUCAAUGGAUUGUGGCUCGCCUUGGUGGACCAAGGAGCAUCUGCCUGCUGCGGAAGCUCUGUGGGCCUUGACUCUCCAGUCUGCUCUGCCGUACCUGAACGAGCAGCAUUGGGAAGAAGUUCCUGAUCUUCCACAUCCAUCUGCAGCAGAGACGAAAUCACACGUGCUGGAUCAACAACACUGGUGUGACUUGAAUGGCAAGGUUCCUCCCUUCCCUGAACCAUCUCCAGUGUCCCAACAGAGUCCACAUCUCCAGUUCGCCUCCUCCAAACAGACCAAAGCUAGACCGGAGACUUCUGACAUAUCGCUAUCCUCUCUCUUCCGUCAAGAGCACGAGGCCAACAUGGUGACGAUAAAAUCUGGCUACAAAAAAGAUCAAGCAUUUCCUCGUGCCAUCGCUGGUCCGUCACGUGUUGAAGAAGAAAGAUUAAAACACGAUGAAAAGAGACCAACAGCACAAGUCAGUUGCUUCGGCAGUCAACCUCUGGACCAGAAGGAAGGCAUCAUUGAGGAGCCAAUGGAGACUGAAGAAGGCAAGGAAAAGAAGUGCAGUGACACAAAAAGAGCUGAAGAAACAUUGAAUAGCUGCCCUAUGUGCCUGCAUGUCUUCUCUGUUGGGGCCUCCCAGAUGGACCGUGAUGGCCACCUGGCUCAGUGUCUGUCAGACAUGAAUGUGGACAUGCGCUGGUGAGCUCCAAGCAACCCAGAUGUACCUGCCACACGCUACUGGGAUAAAGUGAUGUGUUUUCAUCUUGAUUUUGAAGAGCCUGAGACAUUCAAGUCUUCUCCAUAAUUCAGCUGCACUAUGGGCAAAUGCAACACAGUGGCCUCACUGGUCCUCCCCCAGCACCGAAAUCAACUGAAACACAUCAUGCAUUAGCAUCACAUUGACAACAUAUGCUGUACAUACAUUAAUGAUGGAAGAAUUCGACUUUACCAUUUUUUUUUUUUCCCCGUAACAUUUUCAUAACUAAUGACAUUGCAACAAUUACUGAGUCUAUUUGUUAUGUGUGAUCGGUUCUGAACAUAUCUCCCUAUAAAGGGCUUAAAUGUGCUAUUCCACCGAACUGUGCUGGUAUAUGUACCCACUGAAUAUUUCAUAAUGCUAUACUGACAUAGCUAUUGAAAUCACAUAAUCAUUAUUGUCACAGUAUCAAAACACCAGCAGUGGAUUUCUGUAUUGUAUUGUGCAGUUCUUUCAUCAAAAAAUAUGAAUUUAUAAUUUGCGUUUUGAACAUGUUGCUCCAUUCAUUUUGAUUUGACGAAGAGCAAAGGGUCAUGCAAUGUCACGAAUGUUUUAAUAAACACAUUCAAUGUUUUGACGUGCAACUUGAUAACACAUUUGCCAUUUUCUUAGAUUCAAAGCUGAGAGAAGACUGCCGUGUUUAAACAUUUUAAAACAUACAAUUUGAUAUAUAUAUAUAUAUAUAUAUAUAUAUAUAUAUGAGUGAUUGAAAAGUAACUCCCUAUUUUAAAAUAUAAUUUAUUCCUAUGUUGUAAUAUUUUUCUCAAUUUUUUUGUGUAUGUUCCAUGAUUAAAGGAGCAGGUCUAUUCUACCAAACCAACGACUGUGGAAGAACGUGAAGGGCGAAUACGAGAAGUUACGUUUUCCAUCCCACAAGAUUUCCUUGUGAAAUCAGUUAAUGGGGUUCCCAGGCGGCUUGAGAAACUGGUGCCUAAUGCUGGCGCUCAUAUUGAAUUUUAUAUGAAACGCCAUGCAAUACACUUUCUUCUCAAUGUUCAUUUCUUGUAAGAAUUAUAGUUCAGAAAUAAAUUACAAGUACUUAAAAAUAGGGAGUUACUUUUCAGUCACAUGAAUAUGUGUGUAUAUAUAUAUAUAUAUAUAUAUAUAUAUAUAUAGUAGUGGAGGAAGGAGGCAGACUUUCUAACCCGUCAGACCGUGUCGCCCUAUACAUGAUAUAAACAUUUAUAUGAUGAAUGAGUGAAUGCUGUAUUCUAAGCAUUGAAAGCACCAAUCAGAAAUGACAGUGUGUAAAGGAGCCAAAGGUUCACAGAAAACCAGUAUUGUUUUUAAUUAUUACACAUAUUUACAAAGACGCUGUGAAGAAAAUAUCAAACCAACAGUGAAUUCAAACAAAUCUGUCGACAUGUAAUUAUUAUUAUUACAGUAUCAUUUUCUUAAAUAAAAAUACAGCAAGGUGUUAUACUCUUUUGUCGCUCAUGAUCCAAAUGUCCGACAUGGGAAGAAACGCUCCACAUGAGAUAGUAGAUGCAGAAGAUUGCUGAAAUGUCGAAGGGAUUUGCAAGUGUGUGCGCAUGAAUGUGUUUUAUUCAGUGUCUUCAUAACUGCUUCAUUAUCGCUGCCUGUGCUAUCUUCCUCUCUGCAUGUCAAGGCCUGCAGCUAAAUAAGAACCUUUGACUCGGGAUCCACUAAUUAAUCCUAUUAUGUAGUUCUCAAAAUAAUAAUAGGUCAGAUUGCAUCCAAUAAUUUUCAACCAAUAGAGACAUUUUCCUUGUAAGCACAUUUAAAGAAAAUUAAUUUAGAUACAUAAAUGAAGUGUUUGAUUUUAUGAAAUUUCAACAGUGAUCCGAGGCUUCCAAAUUCGAACAUUUAGAUCGGAUGCAGGCAAACAUUUUUGCUCAAUGGUUUGAUUUUUAAAAUGGACAGACUCUGUCAUUUGCAGAUGAGGUGUAAAAAAAGAAUAGAAAGAAACCAAUAAUUGUCUACGUAAAAUAUGUAAGACAUUACACAUGAAAAUUGUAUUGAAUUAUAGUUAACUGGUGAUUUAAUUCGAAAAUAAAGGAAAAUAAUGUAACAUUACGACACAAAAAGUACAUUCAACUAACCAAUUAUAGGAAAAAACAUCUAGGAAGAUAUACUGCAGGAUUCUUCAUAAAGUUAAUGUGCCAGGUGCUGGAGUUGGCCCAUACUUUGACCACCCCUAAUCCAGAUGGACAUGAACGGUGGUUUACUGAGAACAAUGCACAAAAACAGCCUUCAAUUUACAAUACUGCUCCCAAUACACAUUUUCAAUCCUUUUUAUGAGCUUACUUUUAAAUGGUACCAACCAUUCAUCAAUAAUGAACAUGUCAGCCUUAAAGCAUAUAUUAUUCUUUCUAUUCAAAGGCAUAUUUGACUGUGUAUUGAAAAUGAUGACGUUAACAAUUUGUCAGCAGAAAAGUGUAGGUAUUACACCAGGGGUGGUGAACCUAUGGCACAGGGGCCGUAUAUGGCCCGCAAGAGAUUUCAGUCUGACACUUACAGUCCUAAAAAAGUAAGAGGAACGGUAAUUUAUAUACCAUGUGAUUGAAAAGUAACUCUCUAUUUUUAAGUAUUUGUAAUUUACUUCUGAACUAUAAUUCUUACAAGAAAUGAACAUGAGAA